AUGGCUCAAGGCAUUAAUGUUAGGCAUGUUUUAAUUGCAGUCUCUACUCCGAUAUCUUUACACUCGCACAUUGCGUCUAUUCCCGUCUUUAAUGGGUUAAAUUUCCCUGAUUGGAGUGAACAAGUCCAAUUUCACAUAGGUGUGUUGGAUCUUGAUCUAGCUUUUCAAGUUGAAAAGCCGACUGCUAUCACGGAUGCCAAUAGCAAUGAAGAGAAAGCCCAUUACAAAGCUUGGGAAAGGUCAAACAAACUUAGCUUAAUGUUUAUAAGAAUGAGCAUAGCAAGCAAUAUUAAGUCAGCUCUUCCCAAAAGUGAUAACACAAAAGAAUUUAUGAAAUUUGUGAAAGAGCGCUCCCAAACUGCUGAUAAAUCUCUCGCUGGGACACUGAUGAGUACUUUGACAACCAUGAAGUUUGACGAUUCGCGUACUAUGCACAGACAUAUGAUUGAGAUAAAAAAUAUCACAACAAGACUUAAGUCUCUAGUAAUGGCAAUAGAUGAAGGUUUCCUCAUGCAAUUCAUUCUAAACUCAUUACCGUGUGAGUAUGGUCUGUUCCAAAUGAACUACAAUACCAUGAAAGACAAGUGGAAUGUGCAUGAAUUGCACAAUAUGCUAGUUCAGGAGUGUUGGCACAAGUAA